CAUGCGCAAGUGCAACUCUCCUGCUCCUCAACUGUAUAACAUUAACAUCCAUCCUUCUUUCACGGGUGAGCUGCUCCAAGACGGAAGAAAUUCUCAUCGACCAUGGCGAAGAAGAGGAAGUCCGACGCCACGCGCCUCGAUGAGGUGGAUCGUAGCAUCUACACCAGCUUCUGCAGCGCCGCUAACUCCCUUUCCCAGCUCUACACCCACUCAAUGAACCAACAGCGCCUCUCCUUCCAAGUCGGUGAACGUCACGCGCUGGACAAACUAUAUCAAUUGGUUUUGAGACAACAAGAAGAGGGAUCAAGAGUGACAACAAUGGAUAUCGUUUCUUAUUUGCAGAAUGAGCUUGAACAUGGAGCAGAUGAGCCCCCAAUGUCACCCAGGCUUCCAUUUCAAAACCAGCACGCCCAGAAUGCAAUGCACCCGACUAUUUUGGGUUCCCCUGUCUCUUCUGGUCCAUUUAGGGUAGCAACGGUGGGCCAUGGAGUUCGUUCUGGGCAAUCUGAUAAUCAGCCUAGGAACUCGGUAUUCUCAAAUGCUCUCUCCAGCCCGGUUCGUCGGAGCAUUCAGUCCUAUCACCAAUCGUUAUCACAAGGGGGUUACCAAGGACCUCGGAAUGGUGAGACAAACAUUUGUCAUCUCCAAAACAGGGAUACGAACUCAGCAAACUUCAAUGACUGCAUGGACAUGCAUGCAGAUAGUCCAGCUCAUGAUUUUCGAUACUGAAAUUACUUUAGGGAAAGGUGGGAGAAAGGAUAAAUGGUCAGAAAGUCUUAUGUCGUUAGAGAUGUUGAAACUGUUUCAAAUUUAGAUUAUUUGACUUUUAUUCGUUUACUAUUUCUCUUAAAACUUAGUGGUUGAAUCUGAAUAUACGGCUAACGGUAAAGUAAUGGAUGAAAUAUAACAAUAAUGGCAAUUUAGAAUUUCCCACAA